ACUCACAACUCGCCAGGUAUCAUAUUCCUUUCCAACUUUCUAUGUUUUCCCCAUUGUUUAUCCAAUGCACUUUAUCUAAUAUGAUUGUUUCUCUAUCUCUGAUUUGGUAGUUUUCUGAAUGUCUAUUUCCGCUUCUGAGAUGAUUCUUCCGGCAACGAAAAAGAAUGUUAAACUCAGCGUUAGUGAAAACCAAGACAGACUCAGCGACUUACCCGAUUGUGUUAUCCUUCACAUACUCUCGUUUUUGAACGCCAAACAAGCCGUUCAAACUUGCGUUUUAUCAAUAAGAUAUGAAAAUCUCUGGAAACGUAUUCCUGUUCUUAUAUUAGAUUCUUCAGAGUCAAACUUUCGAACUCUAAAGAUAUUCACCGAAUUCGUAUCUAACGUUUUGUCUCAUCGCGAUUCAUCGAUUUCACUGCAGACUCUCAAUUUUAAGCGUAAACAUGGUCGCUUGGAGCCUCAGAUAAUUAGAAAUAUCGUGGAUUAUGCUCUUUCGCACAAUGUCCAACAGUUAGGACUUUGUUUCAAUGGCAACACUGUGCAAACUCUUCCCAGCAUGUUUUCGUCUCAGAGUUUAACACAUCUUAAUCUUUCGAUUUACCCUAGUGGAGGGUAUCAUGCAUGGUUUCCAAAAUCUUUCAAUUUGCCGGCAUUAACCAACUUGCGACUAGAGAAUUUUAUAUUUUAUAUUGGUGAUGAUGAUAGGGCCGAGCCAUUUUCGAUCUUUAACCGGUUGAAUAAUUUGUGCAUUUGCAAUUGUGCAAUGUUGCACGGAAAAAUUCUUUGUAUAUCAAGUGUGACACUAGUCAAUUUAACUAUACAUAGUCUGUAUUUAAACUACUACAAAAUUGAUCUAUGUACUCCAAGUCUUUGUACGUUAGUUUUUACCGGUACUCCUUUUCAGAAACUCUAUGGCAGCAAUGUUUCUUCUCUUAAGCAUGUAGACAUUCAUGCAGAAGUAAAGCAAUAUCAUGAGAAGUCUCCUUUACUUCUAUCUAGAUGGCUGCGGGAGUUUGCUAAUAUAAAAUCGUUAACAGUCUCUGCAACUACUCUUCAGGUUCUCUCCUUAAUUCCUAAUCUGUCGCAGAUUAGUCCACCUUCCUUGGGUAACUUGAAGUCAUUGAAAGUGAAAAUGGAAGAACUUACACCUGGAUUUCGCAUGACACUGUUGGAUGCCAAGUUAUACAAUGCAGAGUCAAAGAAUGAAAGAAAAAGAUUACGUAAAAAAUUUAAAGAAGAAGGAUCGGGAUCACUCAUACCUGAUGGAAUAGUGAACUUCUUGCUUCAAAAUUCGCCAUCAGCAGAAGUUGAAUUUAUAGAUUGCACAAACCAACCUCCUAGAGCAAUAGAUUUAUAAUUGGAGCCUGGUUGAAGUUUGCAAUCUUCAGACAAUGGUCCCUUUGUACUUUGUAGGAUAUUGUUCGUGUUCUAGCGGGAUGCAGCUUUAGAAGCAAUAUACUAAACGAUUGGGGAAGCAAUAUACUGAUUAGAAAGUGUAAAGAGCUUUUGAUGUUCCAGCCUAACAUUAAUGAGUAUGUAUAUGUAUAAUAUUGAUGCUGCAGGGUUGAAGUGGAAAAUUUUAUUUAUUUAUUGUGUUAUGUUAUUUGAUGAUCUUCCUUGCUGAAUGAAUUUUGGAGA